CCCGAUCGUGUAUUCAAGCAAAAGAUCGCCACCAGUCCAAGACAUACUUCGUGAUUGACCCGAAGUCGCCAAACAUAUUACCGUUUGUGGUUUGGCUGAAUUGGGCAUCCGAGGGUUUCUCAACUUACUUACUUCACUUGCUUUCCUUAACCCGGGCUACUUACCGUAACUACGGCUGCCAUUUCAUUCAUACUUCACCUCACCCAUCAGACCGCCUUUUAUCUUCUUUCCUCCAUCGCUGCUUCAACAGUUGUCCUCUUGAGCAGCGCCAAUCGUCCCUCUUCUAGUGUCGGCGUUUAUUCGUUUUCAUCCCUGAUGGUAUCGGUUUAGAGCUGCAGCUUUCCUUUCGUUGUUCUUUCCCUCCCCUUCGCCUCACAUGGUUGACAGACCGAGAUGAACGCCACCGAUAGACCAUCCAGGAAUUUGGACUGCAUCCCAUACGAUGUGUUCUAUCAGAUCGCUUCCAGACUGGGCUCGCAAGACCUGGUUCAGCUGGGCCGGGUCAACGGGGCCUUGAACCGUCUGGUGCAGGACGAGAACAUAGCACGGAAAGCCAUCGAGAAUGAACUGCGCCAUACGACAGAAGGCCAGGAAGCCAUUGCAGCCCGCAGAGGGUAUCGCAGAGCGCUGGGGCGCGUGUUCGACAUCCGCGAGGCCUUCGCGACAGCGCAGCCCUAUUCAGCUUCUCUUCUUGCCUACGGCAGCUCCUUUCUCUACAGCGGCGGGGCUCUGACCUACAUCUAUGGCGAGGAGAUCCGCAUCCUGAACGUGCAUGAGGCGAGUCGCACCGAACAAGUGCUCAACCUCCACAGAGUGCUGGCGCGGAUCAUUCCGGCCUGCGAUCCAGACGAAGAUACGAUUCACAUCCGGCUCAUGCAGUACCACGACUGGAAUCUGGCCUUCACGGUGGAGCUCGAGGACCUGUCCGAGACCUGGUUGGUGGUCGUGGACAUGCGGCGCGAUUUGGACUGCCAGAAGAUGGGCCGCUUGCGGUUCAAAACCCGGUUGCUGGACACCCGCCGGCUCUUCGUCCGACUCAACACCCGCUACGUCUACUGGGGCACGCACAGCAUGCUCAGCGUCGACGGCCACCUGCAAUGGGUCAUCGAAUGCGCCGACCUGCAGACGGGUCGCCACACGACGCGGGUCCCGCUGGUCCUCGACAACUUCUCCGGACACGACAUCGCGCAGACCGUGUGCUUCGGCGUCUACGACGACCACCUGUACGCGGUCUCGACGAUGAUCGGUCACGAGGCGGAAGAGAUCGACUGGACCUCCUACUACGUGUGGCUGUGCGUGUCGCCGACGGAGGACACGAAACAGAGCACGAUCAACUUCAAGUGGCGGCGCCAGCACCGCGAAGGGCCCGUCAACGACACCUGGUCGGAUCUGUCGCUGCGCGUGGACGAAGCCACCAAGCAGCUGUUGAUCCUGGAGUGUCGGCGCGAAUGGAUCAACAGCGGCAGCGAGAACAUCCGCACGUAUUACAUGCAGGCGCUCCCGUCGCCCGCCGAGAUCGAACAGAGUAAGCAGGAGCGCUUCGCCGGCUUACUGCGGCGCACAGCAGCCCGCAACGCACCACCCCCGCCCGCCAUGCUCCCCGAUGAGCCCCUGACACGCACCCUGGACUCGAGCAACAAGCCCCGCUACGAACCGCCCCAGAAACGCAUCCGCCGCCACUAUCACCAGGAAUACCCGCAAGGAACCGACCUCGCCAAGCGCCGCGACUUCAUCCUCGCCCGCACCAAAUACCGCACCUACAACCUCUCCAGCUCGACCUUCGUGGACUUGGUCACCGACUCCACCGGACCUGGCGGCAGCACAUCCACGCCCAGCCGCAUCCCCACCGACCAACUCCGCCUCCGACUGACCUCGCGCAAGCGCAAAUCCCCCAUCGACACGGCAGGCGACGAGGUCGCACCAGGCUUCCUGUACCCACCGGAGCUGAACGACGAUCAAGACCCAUCCAGCAGACAACCGAUCGACCACAGCGAAGAACGCUUCGAGUCGCUGGGCGUGCACAUGUGGCCGCCGGACAACGCGCCGCCGGCGCUGACGCAGCUCCUCUCGCCGACCAAGCGCAUCGCCUCCUCGGUCGUGCGCGCCGCCGCCGACGAGCGCUCGCUGGUGUACUCGGUCGAUGCGCCGGACUCGGCUGACGGCGACCAGGCCAUCCUGUUGAUUAACUUCGAUCCCCUGCUGCGGCUGCCUGGCCUGCUGCGAUUGGACAUGACGGACGGGAGCGUGCGAGCCAUGUCGCCGCCGUCGUCGCGGCCAGCUGAGCUGGUGGCUCAUUCAGCUGGGAAGGGGCAGCGAGUGCGGGUGGGCGACGUCGCGCAGAUGGAGUCAACUAGGCAUACGAGUUUUGGAGCCAAGCGGACGAAGACGACGGCGGCGAUGACGGGGAAGGGGGCACGGGGGUCGACGGUGCCAUCGGUCCGGGAGGAGGGGGCGCUGUAUUUGCGGCUGGGGAGGGGGUUUUGGUUACGGUAG